UUGGAUUGCAACCUUAUGUGGAUUUGGAUUGGGGACUUCAAUGAGACACUUUACUUUUGGGAGAAAUCUGGUAGGCGGGAGGCGGAAAAUUACGGGAUGCAAUCUUUUAAAGAGCUAAUAGAGGAUUGCGUGAUGAUGGACAUUGAGAGUAAGGGAUGUGCUUUCACAUGGUCCAACAACGGGGAAGGGGAAACUUGGUAAAAAAGAGAUUAGAUAGAGCCGUUUGCAAUUUAGCCUGGAGGCUUGCAUUCCCAUCGCCAGAGGUUUUAGCACUGCUGGCUAUUGGCUCGGAUCAUAGCCCCAUUUUGCUAUCCUUAUCCGGGGUUAAAGUCAAAAGGAAGAAGUCCUUCAAGUUUGAAUUGUUUUGGUUGCAAAGCAAACAAGGUGGCCGCAUAAUUAAAGAUGUGUGGGAGGAAUCGGCAUGCACGGGAGCCGAUUUAGUGGAAACUCUAAAAACUCUCUCGGCGACUUUGGAAAUAUGGAGCAAAAAGGAGUUCCCAAAUAGCAAAAACCAGAGAAGGCAAAGAAAUAAAAUAUUGAUGCUAAAGGUGAUUGGGCGGGACACCUGGAUAAGAAACCCAUCUCGUUUGAAGGAAAUGACCUCGAACUUUUUCAUUGAUUUAUAUAGCUCAUUUGGCCCUCAAAACUUCAACUCGGUGCUUGCACAAUGCCCCAAACUUGUACCGGAUGAUAUGAAUGUAGCACUGGCUGAAGAUGUCAUGUUAGAAGAGGUCCGGAGAGCUUUUUUUGAAAUGGGAUCAGAAAAGGCACCUGGACCGGACGGACUAAAUGGGCUGUUCUAUCAACGGAAGCGGGAGAAUAUCAAGGCCGGUGUCUUCAAGGAAGUCAAGGGGUUUUUCAACACAGGGGGUCGAACCCGGAGCUGAAUAAAACUUACAUAACUCUCAUUCCGAAGGUGAGGAACCCCGAGAGACUCGAUCGGUUUAGGCCAAUAAGCCUAUGUAACUUCACGUACAGAAUCAUUUCUAACGUCCUAGCAAAUAGGCUAAAGAGCUGGCUGCCCAUGAUCAUUGCGGAAGAACAGAGUGCCUUUGUUGGAGGAAGACAAAUCCAAGAUAAUAUUCCGAUUGUCCAGGAAAUUCUGCACCAAAUAAGAAUCCGAAAGAGAAAAAAGAGGUUUCAA